UAAAGUUAGGCCACCGUCAGGAUCACAGCAGUCUGUCAUCAUGGCCUUCAACGGGACCUGGAAAGUCGACCGCAAUGACAACUACGAGAAGUUCAUGGAGGAAAUGGGCAUCAACAUGGUUAAGAGGAAACUAGCGUCUCAUGACAACCUGAAGAUCACUGUGGAACAGACCGGAGACAAGUUCCACCUGAAGGAAGUCAGCACUUUCCGCACGGUGGAAAUUAACUUUACUCUAGGCGUCAACUUUGAAUAUUCCAUGGCAGACGGCACUGAGCUCACA